UUAAUCUCGCACUGUACACUUCCCCCAAGAUAGAUCUAUCGGAGAGAGACACACAUUCACUUCCCUUUUUUUCGACUUCCAACUUUGUAAUAGAGGUGAAAAAGCUGUUUUUGUCUCUUCCUACUCUUCCGGCGUCAACGGCGGAUCCUUCGUGUGCCAACGAUGUCAUUCACUGCGCCGGAAUUCGAUCACAGAUUUGGUUUCUCAACGAUCGGGGAGGAGCAUAGUUUCGCCGAUGUCGAUAACCUGGAGCACUGUGUGAAGUACUUGAACCAGAGCUUAGUCACUUACGGAUUCUCAGCCUCGCUCGACCUCUUCGCUACCGAUCCUGUUUCGAUCGCGAGGACUUGUAAUUGCAUAUACGCUUUGAUUCAGCAGAGGCAGCGUGAUGUGGAGUUCAGAGAAUCUACCAAUGAUCAGAGACAACGACUUUUAUCCGACAUGGCGAGACUGGAGGCGAAAGUUGAGAGGCUUGAGAAUCAAUUGCAAUCCAAGGAGAGGGAGCUUGGUUCUGUCACAAGAACGGAAGCCAAAAACACAGCCGCUUUAAAGGCUCAGAACGAGAAGCUACAGAAAGAGAGAGAUGAGUUUCAGCGGAUGGUCAUUGCUAACCAGCAAGUCAAGACUCAACAAUUACAUGAAACAAAGAAGAAAGAAAAAGAGUAUAUAAAGCUACAGGAGAGGUUAAACCAAGUCUUGAUGGAGAAGAAGAAAGAAACAAGAUCAGGCAUGGAGAUUAUGAAUCUUCUCCAGAAAGAAGGGAGACAACGUGGAACAUGGACUGGGAAAAAAACUGAUUCUGAUUUCUACAAAAGGAUUGUAGAUGCAUACGAGGCUAAAAAUCAAGAACUAAUGGCAGAGAACACUGACUUGAGAGCGCUAUUGCGAUCCACUCAGGGAGACAUGCGUUCUUUCUUGAAUGCUAAUGGAAGAACGAGCUUAGACCCGUCUCAGUCUCCUUUAGGCGGGAAGACGGAUGUUUUCGACCUACCUUUUCGUAUGGCUCGAGGUCAGAUAGAAGAUAGUUUACGCUCGAAGAUGGUUAGCAUCAAGGAACGUAUGGGUCAGUUAGUAGACGCACAAAAAGAAGUAACAAUUACUUCAGAAGCGUCAGAGAGGGAACUUGAACUCGAAGCACAACUCGUCGAGGCACGUAGUAUUAUUCAAGAACAGGAAUCUAUAAUGUCUAAGCAUUUGCCAAAGACAGACCGGAGAAGAAACUCAGCUCCUCCUUCACAGUCUCUCAGUGGACUUCGUGGCUGACUUAGAUUGUGGACCUCUCUGGUACAAAAUAUAUCAAAUCUCUUAACAAGGAAAUGUCUCAUGUCUUUUCUAAUCAAUUUACAGAAGAGUUUAUAUGAAUUAUUAAUGGAUGUGGAUUCGUAUUUGUAACAUUGUACAGAAGAACAUCUCGGUUGUUUAUUUUUGGAGAUAGUUACAUGAUAAGACACUUUUCUAAUCAAUAACAAUUUGGGUACUUUCCGACACC